AGACCCCGACAGGACUGGGAGGGAGACGCUCAGAGGAUUCUGACAGUAUCUUUACCGGAGAAAAGUCAAAGUGAGCUCCAAACAGAAGCCACAGCUCCUCCUGCUGCAUUUCUUUCCUAACGUGAAUCCCACGCUACGCAAGAUGUGCAAAGGACUUGCAGGUCUGCCGGCUUCUUGCUUGAGGAGCGCAAAAGACAUGAAACAUCGUUUGGGUUUCCUGCUGCAGAAGUCUGAGUCCUGUGAACACAGUUCUUCCCACAGCAAGAAGGACAAAGUAGUGCUUUGUCAAAGGGUGAGCCAAGAGGAAGUCAAAAAAUGGGCUGAAUCACUGGAAAACCUGAUUAGUCAUGAAUGUGGGCUGGCAGCUUUCAAAGCUUUCUUGAAGUCUGAAUACAGUGAGGAGAACAUUGACUUCUGGAUCAGCUGUGAAGAGUACAAGAAAAUCAAAUCACCCUCUAAACUCAGUCCCAAGGCUAAAAAGAUCUAUAAUGAAUUCAUCUCGGUCCAGGCAACCAAAGAGGUAAACCUGGAUUCUUGCACCAGGGAGGAGACAAGCCGGAACAUGCUGGAGCCCACGAUCACCUGCUUUGAUGAGGCUCAGAAGAAGAUUUUCAACCUGAUGGAAAAGGAUUCAUAUCGCCGCUUCCUCAAGUCCCGGUUCUAUCUUGAUUUGGCCAGCCUUUCCAGCUGUGGGUCAGAGAAGCAGAAAGGAGCCAAGGGUUCUACAGACUGUCCUUCCCUGGUCCCCCAGUGUGCCUAAUUCUCGCUCAGCGGUGGAGGGCAAAAAUGCCAAGACUUUAUGCCUGGAAAACCUGAGGCCAAAUAUUGAUCUGCAUUAAGCACCAGUGCUUUCUCCACAUUGUAGCCUAGUAUUCAUGCUGCUGGCUAGGUGUGAGUCACUUCCAUACGAAAUCUAGAUUUAGUUUUGAUGUUUUGGUGUUCAUCAGGGCAGGACCUCAUUCCAGUCCAAUUUUCCCAAAUUUCUUUUAGGGUGCCAUGUGAGCAAGUAUUCAAAUGAUUGUCUUGGGGGUCUGGGUUUUCAAAGACUGUUGGCAGUUCUCGUCUCCGAAAAGUGUGACCUCAGGUUGGUUGGUUGGUGGUUGGGACACAUCGUGUGACAUCCACAGACACGUGUGUUCCGUUAGCCAGCACCUUCUCCGAACUUGAGAUGUGUAAAUGAGGUUGAUCAAUUCUAUGUACGUAUGUGUGUGUGUGCAUAUGUAUACAUGCAUAUAUAUUUUUGCAAGAAUAGAAGAAUAGACAGGAAAGACCCUAGGUGCUCAUAACUAGAGUGUGUGUACAUACUUACAUGCAUGGUCUGAUUUCCAUCUUUCAUCCUGCAAUUGAACAGGGCAAACUAAACCAGCUGCCCUGCAGGCUAAGAAAGGAAAGCUAAACUGUGGAAAGUUGACUCUGUAAAACUCCACGAGUCUUGCUGGAGAAGCAUCAAAGGGACUUUAUGUUUAAUUUAACCACUGACAGCCUCCAAGUUGAACGGUAUUCUAGGGAGUGAAUAUAAAGAAUCUUAUGCCUGACUGACACAGUGCUGUCUCGGGCUGGUCAUCACUAAUGGCACUUCUGAGUCCCCAGGCUGCUGACCUCCCUUCCUUUGCCUGGGUGCUUGGUGCAUAAUAUCAACAGUCAGGUUGGUACGGAGUUGGGAAAUGGGGUGCUUGGACUGAAUGAAGAAAUGGAGGUAAGGCCUUGCCAGCUCUGCCUACUAUGCGGUGCUGGCUGAGGAAGGGCACAGAAUUUAAAUGUUAAUAUUCUUACCUUCUGCUCAUCUUCCCUCUCUUGAUUAAGGUGCUCUUCUCAUGUUGUUUUUCCUUGAGAAUUUUAGCCGUCAGACGAGUCUCCUUAUUUCCCCAUGGUUGUUUGUUCCCCUAUAAUGGCUCUAGGCUCUAUGCCUAUCCUUGUAAACCAGCAUCAGGGGAAAGAUUAUAUUUUAUAAGGGGAAAAUGUUUUCGCAAAAUGGAAAACCCUCGUUAAGUUUCUCUUUUGAAGGUAGAGUCUUGUUCAUUCCACCCCAAACAUCAGAGCUAACAGAUCCUGAAGGCAUUUCUUUCUAGGCUCUGAGAUGAAAUGAGAGACAAAAAGAAAAAGGAAAAAAGGCUUUCAAGGAUAUCUAUUGUUAGAACUACUGUUUGUAACUUUCCAAGGCACAUGAAAUACUUGAAAAUGUCUCAUUUAUGUUAUUUAUGAUGUUUUGUACAAUAUUUUUAUUACUGUAUUGUUUUAUAAAUGGAGGUGCAGGAUAUCACCUGAAUUAUUAAUGAAUGGCCAGGAAGUAAUUUUCUCCUCAUUCUUCUAAAACUACUGCCUUUGAGGUGCACGUACAUGCAUCCAUGAACACUGCACCAUUUCUCCAGUAUAAAUUACAUACAUGGGCACCUUUGUGGCUUUUAAGUCAAUAGAUUGGAUUGAAAAAUGAAGACACCGGAGUGUGUGCGUACAAAUCUCAUUGUAUUAAAUACACAGGUUUCCUCAAUUGUACCUUUUUUGUCUCUCUGCCAGUUUUGCUUUCAAUGUCCCCAGAGUUUCUCAUCAGUGUCCCUUUCUGUUAUACACAGCUCAACACUUUAUCUCCAGUUAACUCCAGGAUCCAAACCUGUAACUCUACUGGUCUUGCCCUAUUAUAACUCUCAUGACUUUCAAAUUGCAUCUGUACUCACGGACUGUUGUCUCUCCAGUAGGUCUGGAAGGUAAUUCUGAAUGAGAAGUAAAUUAUUUUAUGUAACAUACA